GUAGCCUAGGCCGCUCGGACACUCUCGCACCAACACUCGUCGCGCUCCUUACUUUAUGUUUUACAUCCGAAUCCUCAGGAUGAUCGAGAUGCAACAGGUGAGUGCGCCAGGAGAGCCGGACAGCUCCGCAAACAGUCCGCGAAAGGGUCCGAUUGUAAAUAUAAGCGCCGGGAUGUCCGGCCGCCUGGUGUUGGUCAUCGUGCUGCUGUCGGCGGCCGUCGUCGCCCUCGCCGUCGCCAUGCUUGUCCUCACCUCCACCAGACUGAGCGGAGUGGCGCGUUACCAUCAAGAGGAAGGUUACACCUGCCAGACCGAUGAGUGCGUCAUUUCAGCGGCGAGGAUAAUUAAGUCUCUGGACACGACCGCAGACCCUUGUGAGGACUUUUACCAGUUCGCUUGCGGGGGAUGGAUUGAAAACAACCCCAUGCCCGAAGAGUAUUCGCAGUGGGACCAGUUCAGAGCUUUGAGAGAAAAUUUACUUCACACUAUCAGAGAAAUCCUUGAUGACAAAGACACAGCACUGACCCCAAAGCCCCUGAGCCAAGCGAGGAGCCUCUAUAAAACCUGCCUAGAUCAAGACGCUCUUGAAAAACUGGGAGUGGCGCCUUUGUUAAAAAUCAUACGAUCGAUCGGCCUGCCCGAAGUUCCAUUUGGGCCGGAGAGUCCCCAGGCGGCCCUGGACACCGUCCCCGCCCCCUGGUUAAACGUCGUCACAAAGACGCAGAGGAAUUUAGGAGCGAGUGUCCUUUUCAAUUUGUACGUGGCCGAGCAUCCCAGGAACACUUCAAAAAAUGUCAUUUCGUUGGAUCAGGCAUCUCCAGGGUUCAGUGAGCGUUACUUGUUGGACCCGACCAGGUUUUCUAAAGAGGUGAAGCUCUACGAGGAAUACGUCAAGGACAUGAUUGAACUUCUAGUCACUAAUGUUCCUGGAGCGAAAAUCAACGCGAGCGCCGUAGCUCAAGAAGUGGUCGAGUUUUCUAAAAUGCUUGCCCACGUGACCACACCUGUGGAGGAGCGCAGGGAUUUGCAUUCGCAAGCGCAGGAAAUGUCCAUAAACGACCUGCAAAACAUUUCAGACUCGAAACUUGACUUUUCAAAGAACAACCCCAGCAGACUGGACUGGGCGCAGUAUAUGCGCGAAGUAUUCCACGGCGUGAAUGUCACCAUCGACCUGGACAACGACCUGGUCAUCGUCAUGGACACCAAGUACUUCCAGAAACUAGCUGAGCUUUUGCAAAAAACGUCCCCGGAAACGAUCGAUCGGUACUUGUGGUGGAGGAUUUUCUCAUCCCUGGCGCCGCUGACCCUGAAGCAGUUUCGUGACCUGGCGUCCGACCUGGCCCAGAAGGUGAUGGGCCACAGUGCGCAGACCCCGAGGUGGAGGUCGUGCGCCUCCAGUGUCAACGCAAACUUCGGCAUGGCCAUCAGUUUUGAAUACGUCAAGAGGCACUUCCAUGAAGAUGCAAGACAAAAGGCACUUGAGAUGGUGAACGACAUUCACGUCGCUUUUGAGGAGAUGGUUCACAACUUGGACUGGAUGGACGACAGCACCAAGAACCGCACCCUGGAGAAGGCGCACGCCAUCAGGCCGUUCGUCGGAUUCCCUGAGUGGCUCCUCUACCCUGGCGAACUGGAGCGUUAUUACCACGGGAUGGAGGUGGUGGACGGCGAGUUGUUUUCAACAUACGUCGGCCUGGCGUCGAACGCUGCGAAGCGAAUGCUGGAGGAACUGGCUCAUCAGCCGGACAGGAACAAAUUCAUUUCCUCACCCACCACAGUCAACGCUUUCUACUCCCCUGUACUGAACUCAAUCACCUUUCCGGCGGGACUUCUUCACCCACCUUUUUACGGAUUGGGAUUGGAGGCCUUGAAUUACGGAGCGAUCGGUGCAAUUAUGGGACACGAACUGACACAUGGGUUUGACGAUCAAGGACGUCAGUAUGAUUUGCACGGAAACCUGAAGCAGUGGUGGAGUAACGAGACGCUGCACGAGUACAACCACAGGGUUCAGUGCAUUAUCGACCAGUAUGGGAAAUAUCACGUCCAAUCACUCGGAUCAAACUUUACGGUGAAUGGGGUUAACACUCAGGGUGAAAAUAUUGCGGACAACGGAGGUCUGCGUGAAGCCCAGCGGGCAUACGGGUACCUCAAGGCCAGACAGAUUCGCCUGGCCCGGACGCGAAAGGGCCUCGCCGAUCUCGAGCCGUCACUGCCUGGUCUCUCUCACUUUUCGCACAAGCAACUUUUCUACCUGGGAUUUGCACACAUGUGGUGCGGCACUUCGACUUUGGGCGCCCUGAAGUCGACCGUGGUGGACGGCGUGCACAGCCCGAAUCGCUUCAGGGUGGUCGGCACCCUGUCAAACAUGCAGGAGUUCUCGGAGGCGUGGCACUGUCCGGCCGGAAGCCCCAUGAACCCCCACAACAAGUGCAUUCUCUGGUGAUGCAAACAGACUAACUAUAGAAGUGUCGUCGACUAUAUAAAUAUAUAUUAUACAGCUGGCCAUAACUUAAUGUGUGCAUGUGAUCUCGCAAAAAUCUCUGUUAAUUAAAUACAUAUAAAAUUAAUUGAGAUUCGCUACUGUAGAACGACAAUUAUUUUGUAAAAAAAUUGGUCUUCAAUUCGGAGACACAAGUUUUAAUUUUUAAGUGUUUGUAUAUGUGAUAAAAGUUAGCAAAAUUAUAAUACAGCUGAACUAGUUUUUAUUGUGUAGAAAAUUUUUGUCUUCAUAUAACUGUUAUACCAAAAAAUUUAAAAAAUAAUUUUGCGUUUCUUUUGCUCAUCAGUUUUUAGUAAAAUUUAAUUUGGAUUUGUUGAAGCAUUUGACGAAAAGUACCGAAACGGAGCAAUAAAAUAAAUGAUCUUCUGCUCAGAGUGUCACCCCAAGUACCUUCCUAUCUGGCAAAAUACUGUUAUGCUGACCCGCGAGAGGCGCGUCUCCUACGUCGCUGCUCCAGUUUUGCAAAUCGAAAACCAAGCCAGGAAAAUAUAAGUGCUGAGCAAAAAAUUUAGGCGAAGAUUAAUUAGAUGAAUCAUAACAAAUUUGUGACAAUGAUAAGAAUUUGUUCUGAUUGUUAGUUUAAUUGUUUUAACCAUCAAACAAUAUUUUUUAAUUUCAGGGUAAGGAAAGAGUAAAAUGAAUUAAAAUUAGAAUAUUUUGCCCAGCGCCCAGUGGGCAGCAAGUUAUCUUGAAAAGUGCUCAUUGAAGUCUUUUCAAGUGAUCUGAUCAAAUUUCCAGUCAAAUGGGACUUGUGAAAAAUGAGUGGUGAUUGUCAUCUUAAUGUCAACGUUUCAUUACUGUGCACACAUAUGUUAUCAUUUAUCAUACAUGUUAAAAUGAAUAAUCGAUGUUAUUGGUGAUGGUGAUUAUGAUUAUAAAUUUACUUUCAAGAGUGCGAUUAUAAAUUUGACGGCAGUCACUUGCCUGCUCUUUACGAUUGUACUUGUCGGAAGGCAUAAUGAGGUACAACCAUGUGGAUUUGGAACGCCAGCCCAAAACAUCCUGCAUGGACAAGGUUUGGUAUCAUGCAGGUGUGUUCCAGAAAAUUAUGAUAGUCUCGGUUAUCACACUGGGAGCAACAACUGUUGCUCUUUCAAUAGCUUAUGGUAUAUUGGAUGCUAAAGUUCGCAACCAAAUGCAGAACUCUACUCCUGACCCAACAAUAAUACCAACAACCACUACGUUUACUACAACAACCACCUUGCCACCGACUCCUGAAAUAACAACAACCAUUUCGCCAUCAACUCCAGAAGUAACGACGAUUUCGCCGACAACUCCUGAAGUAACAACCAAUUCGCCAACAACGCCUGACGUAACGACUAUUUCGCCAACAAUUCCGGAAGUAACAACCAA